CAGCCCCACAGCGGAGUAUUCAGGGAUGACGUCACCAAGAUGGCACCACGGGCCGCUGCGGACUUGGCUCCUCCUCCCAAGAAAAACAGCCAACGACUAUUGGUGGACCAGACAGCGCGGAGAAAACGCAACCACCGCGGCGUGGGGGUGAGGCUCAAGCACCCCCUGCCCCACGGACACCAAGACAGCUGGCCUUGGCAGGUGAGAAAACAAGACCAAAUGACUUAAUAUGACUGGAUGCUGUGGACCAGUGUUAGAAAUGAGACACCAUCUAAAGCUGAAACUUUUUGGUGUUCAGAAUGGUUUGAUCCCUAUCCAGCUGAAUUCCUGAGACCAGACGAAAUCCAGGGCUCCUACUCCUCCGCCAUCUUGCUCUGCCCCCUACAAUUUCUUUCAUGAGAGUUCCAGUAAGGAAAACCAGCAAAAGCUUAGCUCUUACUUGUGAAGCAGGGAUGGAGGACUGGAACUUGACCUGCUAGUUUGCCCUCCUUCCCAUGAUGGGGCCAGAGCAGACUGGACUUUAUGAGUAUAAAGUGUUUGGUGUUCUGGACAAUUGCCCACCGGCUGUACUCGCAGAUGUCUAUAUGGACUUAGACUACAGAAAACAGUGGGACCAGUUUGUUAAAGAACUCUAUGAAAAGGAAUGCAAUGGAAAAACCGUGGUCUACUGGCAAGUGAAGUACCCCUUUCCGAUGUCCAACAGAGACUAUGUCUACAUCCGACAGCGGCGAGACCUGGACAUGGACGGGCAGAAGAUCCACGUGGUCCUGGCCCAGAGCACUUCUGCGCCACAGAUUCCUGAGAGGUCUGAUGUGGUCCGGGUGAAUCAGUAUAAGCAGAGCCUAGCGAUCGAGAGUGAUGGCAAGAAGGGGAGCAAAGUUUUCAUGUAUUACUUCGAUAACCCGGGUGGCCAGAUUCCAUCCUGGCUGAUAAACUGGGUCGCCAAGAAUGGCGUUCCUAACUUCUUGAAGGACAUGGCAAAAGCCUGUCAGAACUACCUCAAGAAAACCUAAGAGGGGGGAUCGUGUGUCCAUGGAAUGAUGAUCUGGAAGUGCCACGGCCCGCUGAUGCUCAGCUUUCCUUUCACUUUUCCAUCUUCAGAGGCCUGCAAGCUAUCCAGCAUGUCGUCCCUGAGUGUGUUUGCCUGAUGCCUGGCUUCCUUUCCCACUCCCCACCCUGGGACUGGCUGCCUUCUCCCACUAUUGAAUAUGGAUCAGAUUAGGGAAACUUGUGCUUGUUUAUCUUUAAAAAGGGAAGUCCUCAAUAGAGAACACAGUCAUUCCAUUGUGCCAUUUUAGGGGGAUGGGUGGGUGAGGAACCACAACAAUCCAAGAGCAACCGAUCCCAGAGAGCUGGCUCCUUCCCAGAAUGUGGCUUCUCGCAACCCAGGAGGGGCUGCUGGGAGCCCCAUCCCCUUCAGAGUGGACUCUCCAUGCACCAGUACUGGAAGACAUGGGCUGAUGGCCAUUUCCCUUAUGCUUUGGUGUACUGCCUUGGCUGGGGUUUGAGGUGAUAAUCCAGUGACUCUCUCUGCCAUUCCUACUUGUGUAGGAUCAUGAGCUGUUUUGAUUUCAAAGCAUUCUGAAAAACACUGGAGGCCUAAGCACUUAAUGUGAUAACCAUUUCUUCUCAUCAUCCAUGUCUGGGUUUCUCUUUCCCACAUGCCACUGGGGAGAGGCUGCUCAUACCUCACUAACUCUGCACUUUACUGGAAAUGAGGCAUCAUGAUGGCUCUGGCAGUUAGCAAAAGUCAAGAUGCUCUGCACACAGCCCUGUGAUAAAGUGUCUUUCUAGGCAAUAAAAUGUAUUUCCCUUCUAGAAUGUUUAGCGACAUUGAACGGAUAAUAGUUCACAGUCAGGAAAAUAUUAAUUAGUGGAUUAGUUGACUCUACACCUUUUUCUCAGGAAUUCUACCUAAGUUGCCUGCCUCGUCUCCUACCAAAAGACUUCCAGUUUUCGGUUUUCUCCUGAAUUUUGGUAAGGCAAAAUAUUCUGUGGCUAAAAACACAGCCUUCAUGAUCUCAGGGAAAAAUUUUAACCACUGUGUGUGAUAGUACUGAACCUUGAUUAGAGGUCGUAGAAAUUCAGGAUGUAAAUCCAGAAGCAGAGGAUUUAUUAAAAUGGGCCAUGUCGGACUGUAUAUCUUCUCUUGGGGAAAAACAGACUGAAUACCAAUAAAUACAGAAUGACUUAAA